GAGGCGGAAGCCGUGUUGCGCGCAUGGAGGCAAGCUGAACAGUUGAGCAGUCAAGUUUAGCUGUGGGUAUAUACGCAGGGGCUGGUAUAGUGACAAAACAGAACCCGCAAAUUUAAAGGAUUAAAAAGGGUCACCAUUCAUCUGUGGUCUAUAUACUUUGUUUUUUUUUUUGUUUUUUUUGUUUUUUUGUUUGUUUGUUUGUUUGUUUGUUUUUUACCUUUGGGGAUUGCAACAUGAUGGCUGGCUUUGAGAUAGGUUUACUAUUUGUCAUCUCUGUGCUCAGCACCUUGAGUUUGUCUGAGGUAUGCAGGGGACCGCGCUGCUUUCCCGUACAGGACCGGAGCGGAUUGUGCGUUGGAGCGCACUGCCAGGGGCGCACUGAGGCAUCCGCUUCUCAACUGCAGCUGCAUCACUCUGCAAAAACCAGGACGGGACAUGUUUAUCCGAGUCACCAGCAGGAUGCUCAUUUUAGCCAACGUCAAGCCCAGAGCGCGCCGUUACCACCAUACGCCGUCCUCCAGUCUCAGCACGGAGGCUUUACGCAACACACUGGCAUCGAUGGCACCAGGAGAACGAACCCAAGGACCAUCACUGCUGAGGUGUUUCAUCCAGGAUGCGCCGGUGGGACUUGUCCCACCACAGUGUCUCAUCGCCCCACGACUGAUGGCACUAUAACGCGGGAUUGCAAAGGGAUUGGAUGUAAACUACCUCCACGUAUUCGCCCGAAGCAGAUGCCGUGCGUCGGGGACGGCUGCAGUGCGCAUGGAGGAAACGACGGGAGAGGGAGCUCACCACCUGUUCGCGUAACGGACAGAGCAGCACAGUUUCUGGGUCCAGACUUUGGCUCGGAUGGGGGAGCGUGGAUACAGCUAACAUGUGACGUGAAGCCAGGCUCCAAUGAGGUUCCCUCAGAGGAUGCUCUUGUCCUGCAGCUACAACUGUCCAAGAGCCAAGAGAGGCUGGUUGAGGCCCUCCAGGGCCAGCAGAACGAGGUCAAGGAGCUGCAGAGGCUCCUCAGUGAGCAGCAGGGUAUGCUGGUCAGUCAGCAGAGGGAAAUACUGGAGCAACAGAGGAGGAUGUAUGAGCAGAUGGAGCAAGUAAAAGCCCAGUACAGCAUACUGAUGGAUGGCAUCAAACAGACAUCUUUCCAGGACCUCCAGGGGGAGUUAGACAGCCACAUGGAAACCUUGAGAGGACAAGUUAGAACCCACCAAACACAGCAGGCGCUCUCUUUGCACAAGGUGGACAUGGAGGCCAGUGUGAUAGAGGUGGGCCAGUCCCAGCUGAGCUGCGGCAGCUGUGGACCUGAAGAGUAUUGUGACUACAGCAGAGGUCGUCCUCACUGUGAAAAAUGCACCAUUUGUCCUCCUGGUUUCUUUCUGGUGGCUCAGUGUUCAGUCCAUGCCGACAGGAUCUGCCAGGACAGAGAUGAAUGUCUUGAAAUAGCCAGUUUGUGCAGAGAUCAACAGAAAUGUGUCAACACGCCAGGUGGAUUCAGGUGCCAGGGCAUGACCUUGCGGGAUGCCAACUCUGGAAUGUGUGGCCAUGGCUACUUCUUCAACUCAGACAUGGAUGAGUGUCAGACCUGCAAUGACUGCGAUGGGGAACUUGUGGUUUCUCCUUGUACCUUUGUCACAGACACCGUCUGCUCUGGCCCUGCUUCCGGUGACAGUGCUUUGUCUCUGUCCUGGGCUGGAGACGUCAGUCUGCAGGGUGCAAAAGGGCGUCUCUUGGCUCAUGCUUUUCCCAGCGUGCAGCUUCACAUCCAAGAAAGAGGCGAUACAAAUCUGGUUUCAGCUGAGGAUGGGCGGCUGAUGCUGAGGCAUCACGGUCUGGUUUGGCUGGAUGGGAAUUUAGCAGUGAACCACGGCUGCCGCAGCUUCAUCCAGGUGUGUCUGACCAUCAACAGCACAGAUGGCUCAGAGGGUCGCGACCUGAGCGGUGUGAGGGUGGAGCAGCAGGAGAAGAGGUCUCUCCAAAGUGUCAGCAUCAGUGGGGUAGUGGAGGUCGCCCCAGGUCACAUCAUAUCCCUGUUCCUCCGGAGCGCCAGCCACCACUGUAACCAAAGCAGUGAGGGUCUGCAGCUGUAUGAUCCCACUGCAGCUCCACUCAGCCUCCUCUGGCUUUCUCAUGACACUGGGGCUGUUGCUAUGACAGCACAGGCGAUGGUUUCUGCACAUUAUCACACAAACUACCGGCCAGUCUUCCGCACCACCUCCACCUCUGACCCCUAUGUGGUGGGGAUGACUCAUGAUGGGCGUGGAAUCCGGUUUGCUGAGAGUGGUACAGUGCGUUUUGUUUUCCAGCAGGCGUUGUACUCUAUGGGACAAGCAUGUGUAAGUGAGGGCUUCCAGCUCGUGGCGUAUCUCAACCAUAAUGGCACUGCGAUGGAGUUGUCUCGUGCCUUCAAACCAGGCGUCCACUAUCGGGAUACAUCUAUAUCUUUGUCUGGAGCUGCUAGAGUCGACCCUGGGCAUGUGAUUAGCUUUGAGAUCCUCUCUCCUGCUCAGUGCAACGUUCGGUUCUUUGGCGACGAGACAGGCAUCAGUCUUCUUAGUUUGUUUUGGGCCCCCGCAGCCAUUUCUUCCUCUCUGUCUGCCUCUGUGUCCACCACCGGCCUUCCCUCUGGAGCAGUUCGAAACAAGCCUCUAUUCUUCCACCAGGUCAGCCCCCAGGUGUCCCAGAUAGGACUGGGGAAGGGAUCCACUGGUCAGAGACGGGAUUUUGUCUUCAAGGAGAGCGGUACAGCCAGUAUGGCGUUGGACCUUAAACUCAUUCACUCCUGCAACUUGGUCAAGGUGACUCUGCUCAGACGAAGUGAUUCUGAUGGGUCAGGAAGGAGUGGCGAGGUAGAGGGGCCACGGUCUGUCCCUAUAGCCCAGCAGGUGGCUGGGCAAAUGUCUGAAGGCAGCCAAUGGGCCAGUGUGAGUUUACGAGCGUCCUUUCAGGUUCAUAAUGGCACAGCUGUUUUUUUCCUACUGGACUGUGUGCGUGGACGGGUCAACCAGAUUAGUCACCAAACAGGAAGUGGGGUGUCAGUCCUGUGGGUUGCAGCAUGAUACAAGAGACAAAACUUUUUUUUUUUUUUUUUUGACAAUUCACCAGCCUCAGUAUUAAAACCAUUGACACCAUCAUAUCAUCGCAAUGCAGAGUUCUGCUGGUAAACUUUGGGUCUUAACAUUUAUGUGAAUCAGGACUACUCAAUUCAGUCCCACGCGGGCUACAGUCCUGCAGGUUUUCAAUGGCUCCCUGCUCCAAUACACCUGACUCAAGAUAAUGAGUCAUUGUGCAAAACUUUGUAUGCUUUUGAAUCCAUUAAAUUUGAGUCAGGUGUGCUGACAUUGAAAACCUGCAUGACUGUGGCCCUUGUGGGACCAAACUGAGUAGCCCUGAUGUAGAUGCCUUAGCAUGUGUCAUCAAGGAUGGCAUGCCAUGCCUCUCUACAAAAACUGAUCAGUAAUGGCUCAAGAAACACAACGUGCCCAAGAUGUUCAGGUUGGUGAAACAAAACAAAACAACCCUCAUGUUGCGAAUUGUCGUGUGGCACUAAAAACAAUCAGCGAGGAGCUUCAUUUACUGACCAGCGAGAGCGGAUCUGGAUCAGCCUUGAGGUCCGCCAUCAAAUGAUUAAAUUCACGUUGCUCUUACCUAUUUUGUAAACUCGGAUGAGCCCAGGGUUUUCUUUCUCUUUUGUACAGUAGAGUAAACUGCAAGAUUUCUGUCAAUUUAAGCAAAAUCUUCUGACUCUUCAUCCAUCACACUUUGUCUGUCACAGACUAGUUUUAAAAUGUAAAAAUUCCCCCCAAUAUCAUAAUCACUCAAAUUUCUUGCAGAAAAGCGUCCUGUGUGUUCGGUUUCACGAGGGUGGCGAUGAGUUUCACCUGUCGCUGUCGUUGGUUGCCUCCCAUGUGUCUUGCCCAUCAUCCAUGAGGGCCCAACCUAAGAUUCCAGUGGGUCACAGACAUGUUAGGAAUUUGAUUUUUAAUGUCUGAGCUAAUCAGUUUGAUUGCCUCAGUUUGGGGUAGGAAGAAAAUGGCUAGCCAGUAUCUUUUAAGAUUACCCAGUUACCACAUAUUCAGUCACUUCUGUAAUGUAGGAAGAUUUUUGUUCUAUUGUUGUGAAGUUUUGGGGGUCCCCCCCUUCCCUCAAACAUUGGUGCACACACACACACACACACAAACACACAUGCUAAGUGUUUUCUCAACAGCUGACCAACCAUGAGCAGGAAUGCUGAGAUUUCACCGUUGAGGGUCUAACACAUAGCAGGUUUUCAGAGCUGGCCCUCAUUCAGCCUGAAGUAUGCAGUGAACUAUAUUUCACCCAAACUGAGCUUCUGUGCAUCAAUAUGGUCAGGGUCUGUGUUUCCCCUGUACAAUGCACCAAACAUCUCAAGUUCAUUACAUAAAGCAAAAACGGUUUUUCUUCGCAUCACAUUUUGCUGCAAAAUUUUACAGACAAGUUAACUUAUUGGUAUAACAGUGAAGAAACGCUGCAAGUGUCCUGGUCUCCUAAAAAUAUAUCCUUCUUUAAAUAGACCCUAAGAAUAAGUUUCCUGUUUCUAGGGCUUCACAUUGUAUUAUAAAUUGAAUAUUUCCCAGAUCUUGAACUGUUCAUACAAUAUAAGCUGCUAGAUUUAGUAGUGAGUAUAGUCUGUUUGACCUUUUAAAAACAUGUAUUAAUUAAUAAAUAGGCUAUGAAGUAUUUUUUAAAAAAGAAUGUCUAUAAACUUUAUUCAACUGCAUUCAUAUGAAAAUAAUUUGUCAUGCUUGAGCUUUCUGUUUUUUAUGUCCAAAAUGUCAUGUUUCUCAUCUAUCUGUCUUUUAUUUAUCUAAUUUAGUAACUCUGUUGACGCCAAAGGACCUUCAGAUCAAUCAGGUGGUGACUGCAGUCUUUUCUGCAGGGGCUGGUUUGCGUUCAAGAGUGUGUUUUUUAAGAGCACAUGUUUCAUGUUAACUGCCAUUUUCGGUUGUGAAUAUCUUCUGCAUGCCUUUUUUUUAAUGAUUGCCUUGCACAUAUGGACUCCAAAAGAGUCACUAAACCCUUGUAGCAAUUAAGCCACUUAUUUAAACAUGAAAACAUGAUAAUACAGUUUGUGUUAACCCAAAUUAAACUGCAAUAAAAUGUAUAUUUGAUUUUU